AUGAACGAUGAUUGCGUUGAAUUUCCUGCUAUUGGAAUUCUCAGUAUUAAAGAAUUCGCUAGAAUUGACAAUAGGAUCAAUAUUUCAUACCAAACUACAGAUUUUGUGGAGGGUGAUAAUUUAAUCACCUAUUUUGAAAUCAGUAUGGAGUUGUUGAGACCGCUGCGAACAGAAGUGUAUCCGUAUGUAGUUGAAAAGGUUGAAGUACCCAAAUAUGAUGGCACAUAUAGAGUAUAUUCGAUAAACGAAUCGUAUUUUGCCGGUUCUAUAUAUGAUAAAAUGAACAUAACCAUCACUCCACAAGUUGGAGAUUACAAAGGACUCAGCAAAGAUUUGCUCGUUGCCCUCCACCUACCGCCUGAUGCUGUCAAGCCACUGACUCGCAGAGCUGGCAGGUUCAAGGCAGUCAUGCCGCUUGAAUGUGCCGAGUUUGUUUCUGGCGAGAGCGAAUGUUUUUGGGAAAUGCUCAUCAAAGAUGACGUAGAGAAGCCGCUCACACGCCCAAGGAAAUUCCACAACGGCACAGAGAUCCCAGAAUUGAGGACCAUUGAAGUUUUCCUAGAUGAAAGCUACACUAAUAAGCCCACGUUGUUCUUUUGUUACGUGAAACGGUCAACAAAAUAUGAUGUUCAUAAAUGGACAACAGCGAUCGAAGUGGUCCCGAUUCUAAGUCAACAACUGAAACCAAAGUUGACGGUGGAUGUCGUUGAGCAAAGGCCUCGCCAUUUGGUUAUAAAAUGGAGUAUGGACGAUCUUCCGGCAAACAUCUCGGGUAUAAGGUUGGGCAACGGCGGAGUGGUCAACGACCACGGGCGGGUGAGGCGUGCACCAAUGUGGGCAGAGUUUGUGACGAAAAUUCAUAAGUUGGUUCCAAGAUGUCCUGGAGACCAGGAAAAAGUGGAUAGAGGUAUCAUCCUGGAAAUAGGCAUUGACAUGUGCUUGAAAAACAUACUCAUCAGCUACUGGAGCCAGGAUCUGAUUGCCUUUUUGAAACCUGCUCCCAGCAGAGAGUAUUCCAGUCCACAUACUCAAGAGUGA